AUGGUCUUCCAACCCUUGGACAACAUUGACUACCAAAACUUCUUCGCAAGACCUGAGAGUCAAGAACGCCUCAACUAUGACGACUACCCACUCCCCAUUUCUAAAGAGAAAAGCCCACCGUACUUCACUAAAACUAUCCAACGUGAAUCGCCUAAACAUGGGGAUGUCAUCACCUGGAGGGGCAUCCAAAUCGCCGCUGGUCCGAAAUCAACAGUUAACGACAAGAAGCACAUCGUACGAAUCUUUGACGACGCCUACAAGACAUUGCAACACAUCACCGAUGAUAAAAAGAAAACUUACCAUGACGCCUUCGAGAGGUCCGAACAAAAUGACUCUGAAGAUGCCAACAUGAACGCCACUCAACUUCUCAUGAAACAUCAAUAUUCUGUUGAAGAACAUGUUGUCAGAACUGACGACGGAUACAUUCUCACCAUGUUCCGCGUCCUACCUAGAGAACAGAAGAAUGUGGAAGUACCUGUAGUAUUCCUGAUGCAUGGGCUCUUAGGCAGCGCUGAUGACUGGUUAUUAAUGGACAAGUCACUUGCCUAUAUGUUAGCUGACGCCGGGUAUGAAGUAUGGCUGGGAAAUGCCAGAGGAAGUAAAUACUCGCGCAAACACGUAAGCAAACAUCCUGCCCAAGCAGAUUUCUGGAAGUUCAGCAUUGACGAAAUUGCUCACCACGAUUUGCCGGCAAUGAUCGACUAUUCAUUACAAACAUCAAAGCAGCAAAAGCUCUUCUAUGUAGGCCAUUCACAAGGAACCACAGCAUUCUUCGCACUGACUUCUACUCGCCCUGAGUACCGCAACAAAAUUUCAAUGAUGUACGCACUGGCACCCAUGGUCUACAUGACAAACACGCGCAGCCCAUUGCUUCGCAUGAUGUCUCCAAAUAAUCCAUUCUACGAUUAUUUACAGCAUCAAUUAGGAUAUGGUGAGCUGAAGUUAAGCAAAGAGUUGGUUCACACCAUAGGAGGCAAUAUGUGCCAAAACCAAAUUGGCUGCAAACACAUCUGUGGCAACGUUAACUUCGUCGUGACUGGCAUGAACCCUACAAAUAUGGACGCCGAUUUAGUUCCUGUAAUUAUGAGUCACGUACCAGCAGGAGCAUCGACGAGGCAAAUCAAACAGUAUAGCCAAGCUGUGGCAGCCAAUGAACUUAGAAAAUAUGACUUUGGUGCGGAAACGAACACACAAGUAUAUGGCAACAGUCAACCUCCAAGGUACAAUAUGACAGAUGUCAAAGUUCCAGUGGCUCUAUACUACAGUGAUGAAGACUGGAUGGCGCACCCCAGGGAUGUAGAAAGGUUGCAGCAGGAGCUUCCCGAUGUGAGAGACUUCUACAGAAUUCCCGAUGAACACUUCAAUCAUAUGGACUUCCAAUUCUCACGCCGAGCCCCCGUAGUCGUCAAUCAGAGAUUAGUAGAUUCCAUAAGAAAUUACCACUGAGUAAAAUUACUUUUUAUAAAUUUAAAUACUAGAUGAAUAUUGAAUACAUAAGUACAUACUUCAACCCUA